AUGGGUAAGUUAUUGUUUAUAGAAAUAAUUAUUUUCUCUUACCAACAAUUAUUGUUUUGUUCUUGUUUCCAGUAAUCACUUUAUAGUCUGUAUUUUACUGUAUUUUAUUUUAUAUUGUAUUUUUAUUAUGAUUAACUUUAAUCACUUUUUUAUACAACCGGCCCCAGGCUUUUAGCUAUUGAAUGACAUGUUUUUCAUGCCAAUUGGAGAACAAAAUAGGCAAACUUGUACAUGUACGAGAAGGGCCGUAGCUAGAUGCAAUAAUUGUGUUGGGGGUUGUAUAUUCAUAUAUUCAUGUUCACAUACUGUAAAAACAGAAUAUAUAAUUCCCCCUGCAAUUAUCGUUCUAGCUACGGCCCUGAGUGCGAGUCCGAUAAAAAAUUUAUUCACAAUCGCAUAUUUUCACCUCAUGUGCAUAACAACAGAAAAAGCAAUUAAUCACACAAAGUUGUCAUAGCUUACCUAAGAUUUAUUCCUACUUAAUAAUAAUUAUGAAUACUGUACUGUAUGUGCAUAGUUUAUUUAAGUGAAAUUCAUCAACGUAAGUGUCAAAGAGGGUUAAUUUUCAAUGGUUUUAGACCCAACUCUCAAUGGUGAAAAUAUGCAAUUCUGACUAACAUUUUGUUAUCUGAUUAGUAUUUUCUCAUUUUUUAUCCAUUUGGCAUGAAAAACAUAUCAUUUCAAAAGCCUGAUCUUUGUGAAUAUGAAAAAAAUCUGGUUCAUAUGCAGGGUAAUUCAGAUACAAUGCGUGCUAAAGUUCGGUUACCUUUUUUUAUACACUCUGUAAAACUUGCUGUAGGCGGAAAGGUAUUACAACUACCUGAAAAUAGAAUGAGAACUUCGAUGUUCCAUGUACAGCAAGUUGUGUAUGUACGUACACUGGCACUCACCGCUCGAUAAAUUAUAUAAAGCAGCUUGUUGCAGCCUGUACCCCUGCCAAUGGGUUAAAAUAAUUUUAUUCAUGUGGACCUUUACAUGCCUGCCUAAAAUGGAUUUGAAAAUUUGGCAAAGAAAUUGAUAUAUUAAAUUGUUCUGUACUCCAAGACAAUUCAUUGACGGACAUCGAACAGUAUGAUGAACUAAUGGUGCAACACACAGUUGCUGCUUGUUUGCCAUGAAUGACAAUCUCGUUCCCCGAGCACGCCCGUUCUCAGGUUAAGGACUACCCUUAACCUGCGAACAGGCAUGCUCAGGGAAUAAGAUUGUGUGAAUAAUUGAUUUUAUGAAUAUUUGGCAACAGUAUGAUGUAACAUCAAAGUCAUUUCUUUCUGACUUUUUGUACUUUGUACCACGUGUAAAUAUUCAAAGAAAAAAUAAUUUGAUGAUCACAUUGCAUUGCAAUUAACAUUGUAUUGCAAUAAAUUGUUCUUCAUGUGUAGAAAAUUAGUAUACAUAAAGAUAUAAUAAUUACUUAAGUUGAUAUUUCUUAAUAAAAUUUAGCUUGCGAAGAGAAAGGCAGCAAAGAUAGGGAAGAGAAAUCAUGCACCAACGACAACAAUGAAAAAAGCAGUGAAGAUGAUGAAGAAGAAGGCAGCCAGCACUCAUGCUCAUCAUCAUCAUCUGGUGUAGUUCAUCCAUCAUCACGUUCCAGAGCUGGACAAGAUCGCCUGUUUACUGAGAACGAAAUGGCUGAGUUUAGAAAGUUAUUUGCUCCACUAAUACAUUCAGACAAGCCAAUCACCACAAAAGUUCCCGUAUUGAUGUUAAAGAAGAAUCAGAAGUUGAAGCACCUUACAAAGAAAUUCACUAACCAGCAGAUAUAUGACAAGCUGAGGACGGAGAGAAAUUGCUAA